ACUCGUCGCACCGCCGCUCCACUCGAGGAGUUCCAGAGGUGGCGGCGGGACCGACCCCAGGUCGUACAAUGCACGGCUCACCCCUCAACUCGCAGGCGAGCUGACUGGACUGGGGCACUAUGUUUCCUGUUUUACAUGGACGAAGAUUUGAAUUGAGCUUGCCCACAACUUGGCCUACGGAGUACUGCAACAUGUCAACUUUGGACUCGUCGUGGGAUCGUCGUGCUGCUGUCUGUAGCCAUCUCAUCAUAUGUUGCCAACUGACGGAGCCGUAGUCACAAGCCUGGUGAAAUUUCUGCCUCCGCUGUUGGACUUGCCUGCGGUCUCACCGGGGUGAUAAGGUCCGGACAUAUCGCCUGACAUCAAUUGAAUCGUUGAAUGUCGUCUGGGCAUGCCGCAUGGAGUCGUCAGCAAGUCGCAAAUGUGCCGACGUCAUCAGGCGGAUACGCCAGAUCGGAUGGCGGCUGCUGGGUAACAUUGCAGACGGGACCGAAGCACCAUUAGCCACUGACUAAAGGUGCACCAAGGGAGCCUUCGGUCGUACAUGCUGCCAGCGCAUCAAAACACCGUUCGGUUCCCUUCUGGACGACCACGGCAGUGGACGGUUAGGUAGCGGGAACCCGCAGCCGAGCUGACAAGGAGCAACACCGAUUGGUGUCUGAAGUGAGAGAACUCACGCAAACCGAGGCCCGGGCGUCCGGCUGUGACAGCCACGGUGAUAGAGGUGCGCUGUUCUUCUCAUGCUUCAGCAAUGGCCAUCCUGAAUGGAUGAUGAAUCAGGAAGAUCGCCGGCUAUCGGAGAGGGUCAUCGGCUACACCUACAACGGCGCAGCACGAUGGUCUACAAACGCCCAACGGCACCCUCGGCUCAGCCGCGGCGACCAGUAGGCUUUAUCUGGACGGCGUCUGCAACUCCUCACACCAGGCGGUGCAGCUGUCCGCGCUGCCGUCCCAGGAUUUUUCGAAAUGCGAAGCUCGAGGACAUGAAACUUCUACCGAAUUUAAAGGACGUGGUCCGGUGGCGGCUGUCGGCCCGAGUCCCUCUCCCGACACGGCCCCAGGAGCGGCCGCACGAAGGGCUGUUGUGCGUUCGAUGCCUGUUAGCAGGCGGCAUGGAAAUUGAAAGGACGUGGUCCGGUGGCGGCUGUCGGCCCGAGUCCCUCUCCCGACACGGCCGCACGAAGGGCCGUCGUGCAUUCCAGGGCUGCGGAGUCGGAGUCGGAGUCGGUCGGAGUCGACAAUUCUGCCCGGAGUCGGAGUCGGAGCUGGUUUUUGAAAGCCGGAGUCGGAGUCGGAGUCGCCGAAAAUCCAUCGACUCCGCAGCCCUGGUGCAUUCGAUGCUGUUAGCAGGCGCCAUGGAAAUUGAGAGGACGUGGUCCGGUGGCGACUGUCGGCCAGAGUCCCUCUCCCGACACGGCUCUACGAAAUCGCGCCAAAGACUCAUUAUUUCUGUGAAGUGGACUGACUCCCUUCUGCAGGACGUGGUCCGGUGGCGGCUGUCGGCCCGAGUCCCUCUCCCGACACGGCCCCAGGAGCGGCCGCACGAAGGGCCGUCGUGCAUUCGAUGCUGUUGGCAGGCGCCAUGGAAAUUGAAAGGACGUGGUCCGGUGGCGGCUGUCGGCCCGAGUCCCUCUCCCGACACGGCCCUAGGAUCGGCUGCACGAAGGGCUGUCGUGCAUUGGAUGCUGUUGGCAGGCGCCAUGGAAAUUGAAAGGACGUGGUCCGGUGGCGGCUGUCGGCCCGAGUCCCUCUCCCGACACGGUUUCACGGAGGUACCCAGCUUUUACGAAGCCGGUGCAUUCAUUGCAGUAACAUUUACCUGGCUACGCGGCGGCAGACUGGUGGGAUCGCCGUAGAAUGACUGUCGGCCACGUUGACGAGGUUCCCGGUCGUCGCGUCGCUCUGUGGAGCGGGCUGAAGAACGAUAUGGUGGACGUUCACCUGCGAUUGGCGGUCCGCGGCAAAACGAGUGUGAACGGUGGGACAGCUAAUGAGGCAACUCGACUCUGGAUGCUUGCAGAUCGUCUUUCGUGGGAAACUGAUUGCAAGGAUUGGGGCCGACGUUGCUGCCGUUCUGCUUGAAGUUUUCCAGUCUCUUCUGUCUACUAGCAACGCCUAAUGGCUGACUGCGGCCCCUGGAUGACAUCACGAUGCCUUGGGACCGGGACGGCAGCGGAAAGCUUGAGGCUGACGGGGGCCCCUGGAUGACAUCGCGGCGCCCUCGGACCAGGACGGCAGGGGAGCGCUUGAGGCUGAAUGCGGCCCCUGGAUGAUAUCGCGGCGCCCUCGGACCAGGACGGCAGGGGAGCGCUUGAGGUGCCGCUCUGCAGUACCUGGAUUGAAGCAUGCGUCCUGGCGGCGGCCGAUCGGCACAGAGGUCGGGUAAGGUAACUGAAUUCACCAACUGUA